GAAAACCCAAUCCGGGUACUUUAUAUGUGUACCAAACCAAGGACGAAUGCAAAAUCAAAUCGAUUCGUUUAGGGAAAUCAAAGCGACCAACCCUAGCUUCUCCCUCACCGACGCUAUCUCCGGCGAAGGAACGCCUUCAUCGCGCCAGUCACCGGCGGUAUCUAAACAGAUAGUGAGAAGACAUGACGACCGCAGCUCGACCCACGUGGGCUCCUGCAAAAGGUGGUAAUGAACAAGGUGGUACUCGGAUUUUUGGCCCAUCCCAAAAGUACUCAUCAAGGGACAUUGCAUCCCAUACAACUCUAAAACCCAGAAAGGACGGGCAGGACACCGAGGAAGAACUGCAGAAGAGGAACCUCCACGAGGAGUUGGAAGACCGUGAGAGGAGGCAUUUUUCAUCAAAGGAUAAAUAUAGUUAUGACAGAGAUCGCAGCAGGAGAGGGAGCCAGCUUUUGUUGGAAGGGACAAGAAGGGACACUGAAGACCGCAUUGUACCACGUAAUGUAGAUGCUGAUGAUUCUGAUUUGGAAGUCAAAAGUGAUGAUGACAGUGAUGAAGAUGACGAUGAUGAUGAGGAUGACACAGAAGCUCUUUUGGCUGAGCUUGAACAAAUAAAGAGGGAAAGAGCAGAGGAGAAGCGUCGAAAGGAAGAACAACAGGUGGCGGAAGAGCUUAAAGUCAAGGAAGCAGAGCUUCUCCGAGGAAACCCAUUACUUAAUAAUCCAAUAACCGCUUCUUCCUUCAGUGUGAAAAGAAGAUGGGAUGAUGAUGUGGUGUUCAAAAAUCAGGCCCGUGGUGAAACCAAGACUCCUAAGCGCUUCAUCAAUGACACAGUGAGGAACGACUUUCACCGCAAAUUUCUGCAUAAAUACAUGAAGUAAUGUCAUAAAUGAAUCCUACUUUCAAGAUAGUACCCCAAGUAAUGAAGUCAAAAGGACACUUCUGUUAAGGAUUGUAUGUACCUUAAUGUUUCAAUUUAAUGCACUGUUCUGGAUGCCAUUAAGCUUCUAAUGUGAGAAAAAGAGAUGUAAAGCUGGAUAUUUAUGUUGAAUGUUGUUUCCUGUCUCCGAAGUUGGCAGGACCAGAUUGUGUUCUGAAUGUAGCGAUGCUAUUGGUUUGGCAUUUUAUUUCUGCA